CCCCGCGGUGCCCGGAUGUGCGCGCAGAGCAGCCGCCAUCUUCGCUCCGGCACCGACCGAGCCCGCGCCCCGCACCCGGGCCCGGCCCCGGCCCCGGCCCCGCACCGCCCGCCCGGCCCGGCCCGGCCCAGCGCGCCGCCUCGUCCCGCCCCGCCCCGUCCCGUCCCGCCGCCGGACAUGUCGGCCCCCGCUGCUGCCACCGCCCCCCCUGCCGCCGGAGAAGGGGGGGGCCCGCCCCCGCCGCCCCCCAACCUCACCAGUAACCGGAGGCUGCAGCAGACCCAGGCCCAGGUGGAUGAGGUGGUGGACAUCAUGCGGGUGAACGUGGACAAAGUGCUGGAGCGGGACCAGAAGCUGUCGGAGCUGGAUGACCGCGCGGACGCUCUCCAGGCUGGCGCCUCCCAGUUUGAGACCAGCGCCGCCAAGCUCAAGCGCAAGUACUGGUGGAAGAACCUCAAGAUGAUGAUCAUCCUGGGGGUGAUAUGCGCCAUCAUCCUCAUCAUCAUCAUCGUGUACUUCAGCACCUAGAGGCCCCGUGUGGUGCCGGCCCAGCCUGGCCCGGCCGUCUCUUCCAGCCCUCGUGCGUGUGCGUGCGUGUGCGUGUGCCCCCUCCGCGCCCCCCCUCCCCCCCUGGCCGUCUGUACAUACCGGGUUAUUUAUACACACAUAGAGCUGCUCUAUUUUGUCCGUUUGUAGAUUUAUUAAUAGGUUUUUAGGUGUCCCUCCCCUCCCCUGCUGUGUUUUUAAUUGUCUUUUAAUUGCCCCGCCCCCCCAGCCACCCCCCUAGUGGGGGAGGGGGUUCCAUGAUACUGCCCCCCUUGUCCCACCUCAGAGGUGGCUGCAUCUCCUGCCGGGCCGCGGUCUCCUCCCCAUCCCCCCAGCUUCUGUGACAUUCCUGAUUAGACCAAGGGGCGUGGGGGAAGCCCCCCCUGCACCCCACCCCCUUAAUGGGGGCAUUUUCUUCCUGCCACACAGAUCUAGCCUGCCCAAACUACCCCUUUUAGAGGGGUCACAUUCCACCCCCCCCCCCCGGUGUUGGGGGGCUGGCCUGGCUUGGGGGGGUCCCCUGUUAAUCCUUUGGUGGCCAAUGUCAGGGGGCACUAGGGUCCCUGGUGGCCAGCAGGGGGUGCCCCAAUCCUGCCCCCCUUCGUGUGUUGUGGUGGUGAGUGCCCCCCCCCUAGCAGAUGUCAGAUGUGACUCGUGACUUUGUCCCUGUGAUGACUUCGCUGGACCCGCGCUCCGGGGGGGCUGAGCCCAGGGGCAUCCCCGCCGCUGCUGCGUGGAGGGACGUGGCACUGGGGACCCCCUGGGCAGGCGGAGGGAAAGGGGGAGAGGGGGGCUGGGCCCCCAGCAGGGGGGUGGGUGUCACUGUCACCCCCCUGCUCUUGGGGCCCCCCUCAGCAGGCAGGCAGGCAGGGGCGGAGGAGCCGGGAGCGACGUGAUGCUGUGAAAAUGUACAAUAAAUUGGUGUCCUGUGGAGA